AGUCAUGACUGUUAUGCGUUAUUUUCUUUUCAGAAUGGAACAACGUUUCGGAAGGUCACGAGCCAGUGAAACGUCAGCUGUCUGUAUCUAGUGAUAGCAAAUUGUUAGACGAUGACAUUCGAGAAGAGCAAAAAGUUAUCCUAAGGCCACGGAAACCACCCAGACCCAAGUCGGAGGUGUUGCUCAACCAGGGCCAAGCAGAUAACAGGAGGACCAAGAGGUUUUCGGCUUUUGGAGGUGAUUCUCCUUUUGGCAAGUCGGAAGCAUACAUAAAACUAGAACAAUUAGGUGAAGGAUCUUACGCAACUGUGUAUAAAGGCUUUAGCAAUUUACAAAACCAAGUGGUGGCGUUAAAGGAGAUUAGACUGCAAGAAGAGGAAGGUGCUCCGUUCACUGCAAUUCGAGAAGCUUCCCUGUUAAAAGAACUGAAACACGCCAAUAUUGUUACCUUACACGACAUUGUACAUACGAAGGAAACCCUCACGUUUGUUUUCGAAUACGUUCACACUGACCUAUCGCAGUACAUGGAACGGCACGCAGACGGUUUGGACCCCCGUAACGCCAGACUUUUCCUGUUCCAAUUGCUGCGCGGUCUGGCGUACUGUCACCAACGGCGAGUGCUUCACAGAGACGUCAAGCCACAGAACCUGCUCAUCAGCGAAAUCGGCGAACUGAAACUAGCCGAUUUCGGAUUAGCUAGAGCUAAAUCGGUGCCCAGUCACACCUACUCACAUGAGGUUGUCACGUUAUGGUAUAGACCGCCAGACGUACUGCUGGGCAGUACCGAAUAUUCAACAUCUCUGGACAUGUGGGGUGUAGGUUGUAUAUUCGUAGAAAUGAUUACUGGAAUGGCCAUAUUUCCUGGUUUCAGGGACACGUACGAUCAACUAGAUAAAAUUUUCAGGGUGCUAGGUACCCCAGCAGAAGAAGACUGGCCAGGUGUAAGCCGGUUGCCCGGUUACAAACCUUCAAGGUUAGGCAGGUAUCGAGCUCGUCGUCUGGGCUUGUGUUGGCCACGACUACAUGACGUACACCACGGAGAAGCGAUGGCCGCUGCUUUGUUGCAGUUGGACCCCAGGAAGAGAUUGGGGGCCGAGGAGGCGAUGACGCAUCCGUACUUCGAGGGACUGCCCGCGAAACUUAGGGAACUGCCAGACGACUGUUCGAUAUUCACAGUAGAAGGCAUCCACUUGUAUCCCGAGCAGUAUUCGACGAUAAAGAAAUGAGGAUUUCCGCAAAGGUCUAUCUCGGCAUGUAGACCUCUUUACAAGCAAUGACCACUCGUCUUUUGUUGUUCAUGUUUCAUAAUGGCUGCGAACACCGUCACCUUCAACUCUUGUCCACAUCUACUCUGGUUGAAUUAAUGUUGACGUGGGAGCACCAGUUGAGAUUUUAGCUUGGUCUUGCAUAACACUGGUCGCAUUCCAAACAGAAGCACUAGUGACUACAAGGCUACUAUACUAAAGCCAUCUAUGGGCGCCCGCAGCGAUUAUUUUCAGUGGGGAGGGUUGCGAUCAUUGGCAAGCGAUAACUUUUUAUAAAAGUGAAACCUGUUCCCACAACAUAUUGAAGGGCGGUGGCUAGCAAAUAUUCUCAGAGGGGGGCAACUCAUAAAAAUGUGUACACAAGACCGUGCUAGAAUCAGUAAGCAGUAGCGCUGUACCCAUACGAUUGUCGAAGAAGAUUGUCAUCAAAAUUGUCUAGUCAAGUUUUAGUGCAUACUUUCGGUGCAUGCGACUACCAAAGGGUCAACGUUGUAUCAUCAUAAUAAUAAUACUUACGAUGGACAGAUCUACCUUCACUAGGUUGGUGCCGCUCUUUGCAAAUUAUGCAACAAAUAUCAAGUGCUAGUGUUUACAGAUAAUUGUGGUGUUAGACGAUUCCAGGAUAUCGUACUUCUUGCAUAAUUUGGCACAAGAAUAGUGAAGGUAGAUCUUUCCACCCGUAAGUAUUGUCAUGUUAAUACAACAUUGUCACUUUGGUAAACAUAUAGGCUUGGCUCCUAAUUUAUUCGAAUUCGUUGGUUUCUCCAUAUCUUAUAGCAUCUUCAUAUGCUGUGCGAAAAAAUCAUCUUGCUGUGUAGUGGUCAGAUGCGCCUUAUACAGUUGGAACCACUUUAUGGUUAUCGAUUAAUUAUCAUUGUUUCUCUGAGAUAUUCACCAUCUCAGACUGUACUUGUUUGUUGUUAUGCAAUGGACAAGCUAAAUCAAUGUGGAUUUCAAUUUGGAGUAAAUGGCAAUUUAGGACAUUUGAUUUUUCUGUAUGUUCAAGUGUAGUUUUUUACAAUGUUUGCUUUGAUGUCAUCCAUAGUAUCGUCAAAGAAUUUAUCAGAACGAUCAAGGGAACAACUGCAACGAAAGAAAAUGAGAUUAUUCCACUGAUUAUGAUGUAUGAUUGAAACGUUGAAUCACUACACUUUGGUGGUAUUGGCAUGAUUCUCAUAUAUGAUUUGAUUGCAAACAUUUUCGACAGGUCUAUGUCACCAAAUUGUUCUAGGAACGUUGAAAUGAUUAUUUUAGUUGAAUUAUUAUGUAUAUUCAGUUACCUUUUUGAAAAGUAUAUACUUAAUGAUAGUCUGCUACUACAAGGGCACAUUCCUAAACAAAAUUUAAAUACAUCCGAAUCCGAAAAAAAUAUAUAUUCUUUAAACAUUCAGUGGCGUACACAUUUUUUGUUAAUAUUAUCACGUUGAAGGACAGUAGGCGAUACCGGGUUGGUGCUAAAAAUGGCACUUGUGUUUUUCAAUGAAUUACAAAUCGGAAUGUCAUGAUUAGUCUAGAAAAUAUCUUACAAUUCCGAAAAAAAAUUGACAAUGUUGUUCUAAGAGCUUUUUGAUUUUGACGUCUAUAUACGUCCUGUCAAUUCUUAGGUGAAAUUUUUUCUAUAUUUCGCCAGGACGCCGAUAGACGUCAAUAGUUUAAAAAGGGUAAUAUAGGUAUUAUAAUGAAACAACAACCAUAAAAAGGAAAUAUUUUAUUCUAUAGUAACCUGUCUUCAACAAAGUCUAAAGAAAAUAAAACAAAUAUUCAUUACAUAUGAUAGAAGUAUUAUCGGUCGUUCACUGGUCGUGCCAUUCUUCAAAACAAGCUGGGCAAAGAGGCGGUUUUUCUUUACAGCCUUUACAUCUAAAACUGGUUUCCCGUCGUAUAUUUUUUUUAGUGCACAUUCUACACUUCAAAAAUACGGAUUUUUUCAGAGACUUGACUCCAGGGGUUCCCGGAUUUUUUUCCGGCCAAUGUCCUUGCAUUCCCUGCGCAAUAUGUUGAACUUGAUCUGAUUGUUCAAAACGGCGGCUGUCAUGUUUUUGUAUACGAAUGAUAUUUCGUCCUUCUAUAUCAACAGGUAGCUUGAUUAGAGAUUUGAUUAGGUUAUCUUUAAAUUGCACGAAACGGUAUUUACGUGAAUCGCCUUUGCAAAAUUUUCUAUACAGAAAAAAAGAAUUCCACGUAGUCAAGUCAAACAGAUACAACAUUGUCUUUUUAUACCAUCUAAUGGUUUUCCUUGUAGUGGUAUAGGUUGCUAUCAUCUGAUCGCAUCGAUCAAUACCUGACAUGUGUUCGUUAUAUGUUGCUACUUCUUCGAGCUUAUUUUUUUCUUUCCCAUACCUAUUCCUUACUGUGAUCAUGCGUGGAUGAUUUCUGGUGGUUAUCACUAGAACAUCUCGUUUAUCUUUCCAUUUGGCCACAUACACUUGCUUUUUUCUCAUCCAAAAAUGUUCACCGCGCUUCAAUUUUUUCUUUACUAGAGCCUUUGGAUUACCUCGACGAUUAGACCUGAGGGUACCAUUAGUAUGCGUUUUUAGUCUCAAUAGUUUUUCGGACAACGAAACACUGUUAUAGUAAUUAUCCAUGAAUAAUUCGUGCCCUUUCAGUAGGUAAGGUUUCAUUAGCCGCAGAACUAACUUUUCUGUUAAAGUAAAAUGGCCAUCGUUUUCUUUUUCUGUUUUGCCGUUAUCGUUAGUAUGGUCACUGCUGUGUCCACUAUACAUUUCCAUAUUCAACACGUAUCCAUCAGAUGUCGUCAACUCAUAAAAUUUUAUUCCGUAGCGGUCUUUCUUGUUCUUGAUGUAGACCCUAAAUCCGAGCCUGCCUCGAAAAUGUAGCAACGAUUCAUCUAGAGACAAUUCUCUGGUGGGUCCAUAAGGUUUUUGAUACUGAUCUAUAAGCAUGUCUAAAAGCAUCUGAUUUUUUGCUUUUCCUUUUGAUUUUGGCGCUGAACAGCAUAAAACCCUAAGUAUAUGCUCAAACCUUCUUGCGGACAUAACGAAAGGGAAUAUCGGGUGAUAAUAAAGUAUGUCUUUGUAGGAAAAAAAUCGUCGAACGUUGGUGGUCGAAACUUGUCCUUGCAGCAAAGGCCAAGAAAGGCUUUCAUUUCAUCAAUGGUUAUUGCUCGGUAAUUUGCUGACCUGCUGUGCCUAGUUUUUGGCCUAUUUGCUUUCGAUAGUAACUCUCCGUAAUCGUUUGAGCACUGUACUAUGUAUUCUAAUAUUUGCGGCGUGAAGAGAAAUUCAAAAACUUCAAGGGGUGUAGAAGUUUCAUCAAUAUUCAUUUUGACACCUACACUGUUCUCAUCAAAGUCAAAAACGGAAAUUGGCGCUGAUGUGGUUUCCCAUGAUGAUUCGGAUUCGUCGCCAUCAUCACUCUGCCUUUCAGGAUCAGAUAAAUGGAUGCUUUCCUCAUCGUUAUCUUCUUCUGAUGAUGUAUGGUUGAAUAAUAAUUCCUGUUGCUGGUAUCGACUUGGACCUGCUUCUUCUUCGAUUUCCUCAUCGUCGCUAGAGAGCUCGUCGAAUAGUUGUUGCAACCUUCGCUGUUCCCGUUCGUAAGGAUCAUUGGCACCACUCAUCUAAAAUAAAUAAAACAAUAUGAAAUACUUUUUUAUCAGAUGUAUGAAAACGACAAGAAUGUUUUAUUUUUGUAGAAUUAUUAGAUACUAACUAUAAUGACACCACAUAACCUUACAUAGUUAUUACAAAACAAUAACGUUGGAAAGGAAUGAAGUAUUUAGAAAGACUUAGUACAAAACGUAUCAUAAAUAGAGUUACUACUUACAUGGCCGUAAAAACUGCACUACACAAAUAAAUCUCGAAAAAUAGAAAACACGUGGUCGGUCCCGCGUAAAAAUAGGAUGGUAUCGGAAGAAUCAUACGUCCACCUUGGCACCAGAAGAAUGACUAACUAGAUUUGCAUGGAUCGCUGGACGUCUAUCGGCGAUCUGUGUAAAUUUGGAGAGAAAGGGUAGUUCCAUAAGGAGUGGGGGACACACAUCAGUGUAAAGCAUUUUUAGCAUAACAAAAGCGGCAGUAUUCUGAUAUCGUUAGUGCCAAAUGUGGCAGUAGGCUACCAUGUUUAACAUUCGGUAUGGCAAAUGGGACACCAAUAAACGUCCUGCCUUUUACUGCCAGAAUAAGUUCAGACGUCACACGGCGUUCUGGCAGAAUUUACCACGCCAUGGAGGACGUCAAUCGGCGUUACUGUCCUUCAACGUGUUAUGCGUUAGGCUGCCCCUCGAGACACCACUGGAAUUGAUAAUUAUUUUCUAAUUCGUGCUAAUUUAGCGUCUUAUUGCAAUGAAGAACACAAUUUAAAAAAAUCGUAUUAACAAAAAAUAACUUUUUAGGACACAUUACGAUCUUUUGUACUCAAACUUGGUUCAGGAUUGCGCCUUUUCAAUUAAGGCAUAUCGUUAAGUAACACCCCUUUAGGCUAAAUUUUAGUUGAAUUCUAAUCUUUUUCUAAUUUUGUAUUUAUAUAAUGACUUUUAAUUUGACAAAUGUUAUUCAAACGUUUUAAAUAACUACACCAAAAUGGGUUGGAAGUUCUCUGACGGAUGAUUACAAAGCUGAUACAGUUUAAUGCUCCAUAUUGUACCUGGAAUAAUAAUUCAUGAAAAUUAAAAAUUACAUUUCAUUGGUAAUUUUGAAAAAUGCCAAGCAACACCAUUUCUUUAAUUAUGAUUCUAGAAAAGUUUCAAUUUUAUACUUAUAUUUGGAAAAAUAGGCAAAAGCAUACUUGCAAUCAAAUGUGUGCCUCAACUACAAAAAUUCUGACACUAAUUCCAGAGAGGCCAUAAUAUGUAUAUUCUUCAGAAUAAAAAACAAAUUUGAUUUCAAAUUGUUGAACUAAUCAAUUGGGUUUUUCUUUAUUGUCAAUCCAAUUUCAGUAAACGUAAGGAUGUUAUUAAUGUACACAGAAUUACACAAUCUCUUAAAAUCAGACGAUGACGGUGUUGACACCAAUCCAUUCCUUCCAUGGUGCUCAAUUAUUAGUAGUGUAGCAUCUAUUAUUUUAUGAAACGUUUUUUGACUGAAGAACAAAGGUAAAAACACUGCCAAAGCAGUGGAACUGAUAUUUGAAAGGCUGGGAAAUCGUACAAUUGCCUUGCCUGGCACAACUUACAUGUGUGUUGUUUUUUAUGUUGGUAAUUGACGGUUUGCAUACUGAAAUAUACCUACCAAUAUUUUCAGAUUUGAUAGGCAUGUAGGUUAACAUGUAAUACCGUUCUGCGUGUUAUCCAUUUUGAACUUUUUUUUCAAACUUCACUAAGAAGUCUUUGCCUUGAGCCUCCGGCAGUUGUAGACAUCAAAAUAAAAGAUACCAAGAAGGCCCUAAAAGCUUGAUCAGCUAAGUGCAAAUUUACAGGUUUCACGGAUAACUUCUCUUUUCAUAGUUAAUCAGUUUUCGCGGGUUUGGUUAUCCUUCAGUGACUCAAUCCAUUAAACUGGUCGGUCUUUGGACAAAAGGUUGAGUUUUUCACCAGGGUUUUGUAGAAUAGCAGGAAUUCUCAAUAAUGAACAUAUUACUGUGCCCCUCGUUAAACAAUUCAUCGCCGCACAAAGGGAGGCUUUUCAACAGUUCUUCACAAACAGCAACAAUUUCCAACAGAUUUCCUACGUAUACUCGUACUAUAUAUAUCAAGUAUAAUAUUUUUCACUUAAGUUAAUUACCAACAUACAAAGUGAGAUCAAACAUUAGUUAUUUUAUCAUACUAGCGAAACUGAUUUUUUUUUCGGUGUUUACUCUCAGAUUUAAUAUCUUAUUCUUGUAUAUAAUGUAAAAAGUUUUUAUUGUUAAAGUUUACCAUUUACACCUUGUUAUUUUUUUGCAUUUGGAUAUAUUUUUAGUUAAGAAAUUGUAUAUUUAGGACAGGAUAUGUAGUUUUAUAGAUAGAAGCUAUAUAGAAAGACUUAAUAAAAAUAUGCUUAAUUUACUUUUGGUGAUUUCGCAGUAUGAGGUCAGUAGAUUCAUGUAAUUUUUUUCAUUGGAGUAAUUUGGUUUUCCGUCAAAUAAAAUUUGUAAUUCAUAAAUAUUUUAUUGUAAUAAUUUGUAAAACAUACAAAUAUGGCAAAUAUGUUCUAUUGUAAAAAGCUAUCGGGUAAAAUAAAUUUUCGCUCGAGCGUUGUUUCUACGCUUAUACUGCAUAAUUACCAAUAUUGAUAUCGGUUAGCCUUAGGGCUCUCCUCAUAGUCCUGUGAAAACUUUUGCUUUUUUAUAGGGCGUAAUAAUUUAUUUUCACAUUUUAUAUUUACCAUUUUUUAGUCAAAAUAAUAGACAUAUAGUUCAUGUAAAAAUGUAUUGUCCCUAUUAGUUUACAGCAGUGAUUAUGAAGAAUUAAAUAUUCAAAAUCUGAAGGUAAAAAUGUAGGAUAUUAUAAAAAGUGCCAAAAGGGCAACGGCGCAGUGUAAACAUUAGUUUAGACGUAAUAGAAAGAAUUUACUUUUAAUGGUUUGUUUUUUAUACAAGGAUCAUUGAUGUAAGUUGUUGACUUACCAUUCAGUCAAAUAAAAAAUUGUUGGAUAUACAUGGUGAGUCUUCAGUAAAAAAAGUUUAACAUAAAAAUUGCAGCCAACAGUAUCCUCUCAACAUGGAAAAUACUUUUAUUUCUACAGGGCGAUGCUUAACGUGGUGACUCAACAAUACAUUUUUUCGAACGGAAAGCCAUACAUUCCUUUGCAUAUUUGAAUAGGCCCUUUCAAACGAAGCAAUUUGAUAUUCGACAAUCUAUCAAAAACAGACACUCUCACCUCCGCAACUGUUAUAUAUGGGGUAUCGAAUUUUUCGUUAAAAAACGUUUAUGAUCCCAUGUUUUGUCCUUACCUUGUUUGUUCAGCUUUUUUGUUAAUUUAGGGUAGUCAAGAAGCCAAAUUGAACUGUUUCUCAAAAUUUUGAAAUGUAUCUUCAUAAUUUUUUAUUACCCUUUUCAUAAGCUUGUUUCUGAAAUAAGGUUUAUGAGGGUAUGUAUGACUGGUUUUUUAGUUGCUAAAACAUAGGGACACCUUCUGUCUCUUCAACUUUAUUGCAUAAGGCCAGGUAGAUUUUAUCUAACACGGUCUGCCGUUACCAACUAAAUGCUAUUUUUUCGCUGGGAAGGUAUUGCAUAUUAUUCAUUUGCUUAAUAUCUCAUUUAGCCGUAAUAAAAAAACCGGGUAUACAAAACCCCAAAAGCCUCAUAUCAAAAAAAAGCUUGUGAAAAGGGCAAUCAAGGAAUGUGAAAAUGCACAGGGUGUUCAAAAUAUUUCAGAAAUGUUUCAUUUUGGAUCAUUGGCCUCCCUGUAUAAACUGUUCAAAAAUAAGUGGAUAGGAACAAAAAAGUGCAAGACAAACAAACGGAAAAUUCAGUAUUCUAGCUAUAACAGUUGCGGAGGUACAAGUUGUCAAAAUUGAGUGUUUUGUUCGAUCGGUUGUCCAAUAUCUCAACAAUCUGAAAAUGUAUAUUUGUUAUAUAAUAUCUCUGUUUGAAAAGGCUUAUCCAAAUCUGCAAUAAAAUGUAAUCUUUGAAAAAUGCAUGUUUGUGUACCCGAAUACUUAUGAAUCAACCCUGUAGAGAUAAAAAUGUGUUCCAGGUAAGGAGCAUACAUGUUAGCUACAAUUUUUGUAAUUAACUUUUAUACUGGGCGCAAUAACAGAACUAUCGACCGAGGCCACACAAGUAACUCACCCUGUAUGUGAUUUGAUUGAACAUUACCGCAUCUGAUUAAUAAUAGUCACAUACUUGGUAGAAACAUUUGCAGAAGUUAUAAUUUUUCUAUUUUGUUUUUUGUACUCUAUAGCAUUUUAGACAAUAAAGAGAUAUGUUAUUUAUAACUGAUGAGUGUCUCUUAAUUGUACAAAUGUGACGAUAGCUCAACUCAAAAAUAUACCGGAUGGGGACGUCGGCUGUAUCUUGGCAACUAGUCAGUCUAGAGCUCUCGGUUAAAAACUACAACAGACAAAAACGAGUUAUAGGUCAUUUCAGGAAAAGUAGGGACAUCUGAUUGUGCUUUAUCGACUUUCACAGUCUUGGUCUCAUUUAAAAGGGCUUUAAAGUGCGCUCACAAUGGAGCUUAAACCUAACGUGUCAGUCCGUUUUACUUUUCACGUCUCUGAGCGAGAAGUAUUGUAAUCACGAAAAAUUGAGAUAUUGUGUUUUUGGGUGUUAUAUGAAAAUCACGAAAAAUUAUGUCGCUCAUUUCCGUCUGUCCGUCUGUCGUUCUCUCUGUCCGCUAAUCCUUGAUGGCCGAUCUAUACCUUGAGUAGUACGGCUUGGAUUUUUAUGGAAUUUUCACACUUGCUACUAUGCCAAGGACGAAAAACCUUCGUAGUUUUUGAUAAUCGAUCCAGUGGAAAGGAAAAAAUAAAAAUAUCGUUUUUUGACGUUUUAGAGUCCUGAUCAUUUUCAGGGAAAUUUGUGCAGGGGUUGAAAUGUGGAGGUUGUAGACGGUGGGGGAGGUUGUACGAACAUUUUUUUUUAUAGUAUAUUUAUAUGUUCCAAGCCUCAGUUCUAUGCACACAUUAGCCAUAAUUCAUACAUCAUUGCUUUUCCCAUUUGCCUUUAAAACCUGAAUGAUAAAGUAAUGUUUUCGAUCCGCGUACGCCUAUCUAGGCUCACCGCCCAGCGAACCGGUGCGGGUGACAAAAAAACAUGCUCGAAAUGAAACUCGCUGCAGCGACGGUUCGCUGGCGUGGAAAGGGACAACGUUGCCACAUGGAAGGUAACUACAAAUAGAGCAGAGAGAUAUACUGGCUAUGGGCCUGUUUGACUAACUUAAUCCGUUUAAUCGCCGUUGUACGUUCGUUUCUGAGAGGUUUCAAAUUACGCUAAACUUAAUCCUUUAUUAGCUGUUAACGACAUUGAAUAAGAGGUGCAUGGUCAACCAACUUUAAGUCUUUUUUCAUCAAAGACAACAUCACUGUUAUUUUUCAAAAAUUUCAAUGAUAUCAUUUUUCAUUAUUAGGAAAGUGGAUGAAAAACUCUACAGAUUAGUGAAAACCAUAGGCCGCAAUCUUUGACUGGUUGCCAAGAUACAGCUUGCGUUCUUUAUUAAUGGCUCACUCGGUACUUAUAUAAAAGUUAGAUAGCAACAGCUCAGAACAAAGACGUCCACAUUGCUUUCAGUUUUGUUCUUUUUUAACUUGUUACUUGUAUAUUGGAAUUUAGGAGAUACAAAUAUUCUACUAUUUUGCUCAAAUUUUAUGUCGAUUUAUUUUCUUUGAUGCGCAAGAAUGAUCCUUGUAACAUCCUAUAGCUUAUAUCAAAAUAGAGUUAGAUAGAGGCCUAAAAUUUAGUGCAAAUUUACAACCGGUUUGUCGACGGCAAUACAAUAUUCACAUAUUCUACAUUUUUGGUCAACGACAUUCUCAUUUAAGGCUUUUAUAGCCACUCGUUACUUCAGGAUUGCUUGCCUUCGUAAAAACAUGUCGCAACUCGAGUGAUCGCAAACAAUGUCAAUGCUCUGCUACGUUUAUACCUAUGCCUCAAAAUGGUUCAGCGUGAAUAUGUAAACUGUUUUGAGGUGUACGUGUGAUCAAUCUACUAACUAUUUGUUCAGAUGAAAUUGUCAUUACUACGUUAACACAUAGUACGUUCGAUAAGUCCUCAGACUUGCAUCGUGAUCUCCGGUGGUUAGAAUUGUGUUGAAAGGUCUAAACUAACAACAGAACCCGGCUGUAGUGACACUUUGGAGCUGCCAGGUAAUAAGGAUUGGAGUUCCACGUUAAUAUUGUUCGCCUGGAAAAAUUUCCUGACGCAAGUUUGCCCUGUUCACUCGUUGGAAACGGUGGGUGUAAAAAAUCAUUGCGGUGGUAUCUUUGACUUUCAUGAUUAUGAUAUUUUCAAUACUACAUAUGGGUUAUAUUGGUAGCUUACAUCCACCAACACAAUUUUAACUACCGGGCACUGCGUUGUAAGCGAUUGAGGUGCCCCACGGCGGCUAGUCCCAUUACUUACUAAAUGCACCCUGUACACCUUGUCAAAUGGCAAGACAGGAAAGCGAAUAACUUCAUAUUUCCAUGCAUGUAGAAUAUAAGAAUAUGCCAGACAUUCUUGUUGUCCUAGUGGGAGUUUAUUAGCUAGUGAAAAUGGCACUAAAUCUGCUGCAAUGCACCCCUCCAGUUUACGUCCAAUAAAUAUGCCAUCAUUUUGUAUGUGGCGAACUAUUAGCAUUAGAGACCCAUUCACAAUCAAUGCACGCUUCAAGCACAUCACAAAUCAAAAUCGUUUGCCUAGAUGACGUGUAGUUCUUUGAUGGAAUAAGACUACUUAAAAGCUAAUAAGUCCCAUCUUAAUAUGAUCAUCCCUACAAAAAAUGUUACGUAUUCAUACGAAAAUCAGUUUUGCGUGGCAAUUUAGGUAUGUUAAGAAGCAUUUUCGGUAUGUGUCAGGGCGCAAAUAUUCCGCAGCAUUAACAGCAUCAGUAAUGUAGUUUUUGGAAAUACGUCAUCUAUGGCAAAGUUUUAUGUGGUGAAAAUCAUCUAAAUGCACAUAGUUAUUCCGUUAUGAUACCUGGUGUUUUUGCUCUUGUGAUAAAAACAUUUGUUCAAAAAUCUCGUUUAUAGAGAAGGCAAGAUGUCGGUUGCAAUACUUUCACACCAUUGUCACAUUUAAGUACAAAACCUAUUUUCAUUUUUCCAAUACAGCACCCCCAAUUUUCCAGUAGCAACAAGAACUAUUGAUAUUAACCGAAAGUUAACUCUCGGAAAGCGUUUUUUAUGUUUUUUUUGUCCUAAACGAUAGUUCACUUUGACCAUUAGAUCAACAAGAUCUUUGUAGUUAAACACACAAAAGAAAUAAGACAAGUGCCGACCGUCACAAAAAUGUAGACAUAAUACUCGGUAUGUAAAAGAAGCGAUUCCACAUCAACAACCGAACUGGAAAAACAAAUUUACGGAUUAGUAAACCUGAAAUCCAGUUGCAACUGAAAAACUGGGCCGAUGUCCAAAAUUUGAUGAACAAAGAAAUGUUGAUUCAAAAAAUUCCUCUAAAAUAAUUCCUGCAAGACAUAUUGCAUCACGGCAUCUACCAAAAUGUGUUCUGGAAAAUUUGUGACCCAAAAAUACUUCAAAAGAUCAAUUCACAUUAGUGAAUCGUGUGCCUUGGGCAUUUAAAGUUGCAAGCUUAGUUGUGAAACUUCUUCAGCAAGAGGUUGCUCAGUGAUACUAAGUUGUAUGAAAAACCAUGAAGUGUGUCUUUUAAUGUACAACUCUCAAAAGCAUUGUGAAUCAAAAAUCUUAUUCUUUAGUAUUACUGGCAUUCGUAAUAAUUCAAGUAGUUCGCAUAGCACUAUUGAGGUUGUUGUAUCGAACUGAAAAGUGAUUACUAGCUAUGCUUCUUUUCAUAUACCACUAGGGAAGAGGCAUUAGCUUGACCAGUUGAAGCUAUUUUGCCUCUAAUAAGACUUGGAACACUAGAAAGAUGCAACAGGGUUACGGUUAGUUUUCCGCAACCUGAAGGAAAUAGUUUACGAAUAAACUACCAUGUUCGAUAUGAACAACCUGGACGUUAAAAAAAGCGGUUUCUUAGAGCUAACUCAUAAUUCUUGUAUCUGUGAACAUGUGAAAAUGUUUUGCAGCUUUGGUUCAAUACCAACAUCACAUGAGCAUAGGUGUGUCUGCGCUUCAAAAGAUAAAAAUUUCAGACAUUUUGACAAAAAAAAUUAAUGAUCCACACAUAAAAAUUUUUCAGUGUUGAUAACGAGCUACACGAACUGUUUGAAAUUGUUUAAUUUAGGUUGCAAUGUGAUUGAAUUAUGUUAUUGGAGCGAUUGAUAGUUUUCUUGUGUUUUGAAAAGAUAUUUAAAGAAAUAAUACAGGGUAGUGAACACGGAAUUUAACCUCUUCUGUUCAUACAUCAAUUGCAAAAAUUAGUCUUUUAACACAUUGUAUCUAAAAUAUAUUUUACAAUUAUUAUUGAAAAAAUU